AUGUUUGGGGCAACUGGAGGUCUAGGUGGGAGUGGUCUUGGAGGUGGUGCUGGCAUGUUUGGUCAACUCAACAGAAUCAACAAGGAUCUGGACUAUUUGGAUUUGGAAGUGGUGGAGUUGGCCUUGGGCUAUGGGGAUGGGUGGAGGCUCAGCUGGAACUGGUGGAAUCUUACUUCUCAAGCUGGUGGUCUAAUGGGCGGAGCCAGUGGAACUGGUCUGUUUUCUGGUGGAGCAGGAGGAGCAAGUAAGAAAGGAGAUCGCAAACCUAAAAAUGUGGUAUUGGAACACAAGCUGGUGCCCUUGGAGGGGAAUAUUCAACAACCUCUUGGAGGAGGGGGUCUGGGAACUGGUAUAGGAGGAGGAGGACUUGGUACUCAGACUGGUCAAUUAGGAACUGGCCUUGGUAUGGGUACAGGUCUUGGUACAGGUACUGGAUUGGGGAUUGGUCAGCCUGGUGGUCUUGGAACUGUCUCGGCCUCUCGGGAACAGGAAUGGGACUUGGAGGAGGAACAACUGGAACAUUAG